AUCAAGUUUUCAAAUUUCAGUUGUCAGUUGUCAGCCAAGCGAGGCGGACGUGUGUGUUACUCAGUGAAGCAGUGCGCGGAGCUUUUAAACAUGGCUCUGCUACGCCGGCUGGCAGUGAACGCUCCUCGUGGGAUUCGCGUACUUUCCACGCCAUCCUCGAGUCGGGACGAGCUCGAUCUGUCAUUUAACAGUCCGAAAGACGCUUUCAAGAGUAAGAAGACCAGCGAAUUAGUCCGAGCGUACCUCGUCUACCAAAUAUGUUCGAUCAACUGGAUUGUGGAGAACAACGACAUGUUGAUGAGGAGGCUCCGGCAGCUGGUCGGCCAGCGCAUGUUCGAGGCCAUUAUGAAGGCGACCUUCUACGGGCAGUUCGUGGCUGGCGAGGAUCAGAAUAAGAUCAGGCCCACUAUUGACAGGUUGCGCUCAUUUGGCGUCAAAUCGAUCCUGGACUACUCCGUGGAGGAGGACCUCUCGCAGGAGGAGGCCGAGAAGCGCGAAGUCAGCGCGUCGGUGUCCACGAAAUUUGUUAGAAGAUAUUUCUGA